GGUUCCAUUUACUAAAAGACGAAACCCUUCAAUCCCUUCUCGUAUAGAGAGAGAGAGAUCGUCAAAGAAUUCUUAUUUACCAAUUCGAAAAAUUUUGAAUUUUCGCGAUUAGGGUUUGUUGUCGCUCUUUCCCCUCUGUGUAUCCAAAUCGGAGUUACAUCGGAAAUGGAAUCAACAACUCUUCAUCUUUGAAACCAAUCCAAUCCAACGCAACGCAACGCAACGCGCCUCCACCCAACGUUAUCAGAGAAGUUCUUUCUCUUUCUCUCUUUCUCUCUUUCAAUCUAGUAUUUUGUUGCACUUCAAAUGGCGGCCAGAAGCCAAAACAAGCCUCCUGUAUCAAACACUCCUCAUCCUACAACUUCUACAGCUAACAAACCCUCUUUGGAAGAGGUUUCCGUAGAUAAGAGACGGAAGAUUGGGGCUGCAAAAACGACGGGACCAGUGAAUGUUCAUAAAACUCGACAGGCAUUCACGGUUGUGAAUGGAGGUCAAGAUCCGCCCCUGUCAACCAGCGCAGCAAGCACUGCUGGUUCUGAUUGUGACAAUGUGGAAUUCACUCAAGAGGAAGUUGAAGCAUUGUUAAAUGAGAAGAUGAAAACUAAAAACAGAUUCAAUGCAAAGGAGAAGCAUGACUUAAUGAUGGAAUACAUAAAAAAGCUUCGACAAUGUAUUAAAUGGUAUCAAAAGAUUGAAAAAGGUUACCUCAUAGAGCAGGAGAAGCUUAAAGAGUCAUUGCAAACAGCUGAGAAUAAGCGUGAUGAGACAGAGAUGUUAAUGAAAGCAAAGGAGGAGGAAUUGAAUUCAAUUAUUAUUGAAUUAAGGAAAAACUGUUCUUCUCUCCAAGAGAAGCUUGCAAAGGAGGAAUCUGAAAAAUUGGCUGCUAUUGAUUCAUUCACAAAGGAGAAGGAAGACAAAGCUGCUGUCGAGAGAUUGAAUGUUUCUUUGUCGGAUAAGCUUAAGAACGCUGAAGAAGAGAAUUCAAAUGCUAAUAAGAAUAUUUCGUCUCUUAAUGAAUCAUAUAAGAGAUUACAAGAGUAUAAUACCAGCCUUCAACAAUAUAAUAGCAAAUUGCAAUCUGAUAUUGCUGUAACUAAUGAGAUACUUAAGCGUGUUGAGAAAGAGAAAGCUGCUGUAGUAGAGAAUCUAAGCACCUUAAGGGGUCACUAUACUUCAUUGCAGGAACAACUCACAACAUAUAGAGCUUCUCAAGAAGAGACUACAAAACAGAAAGAAGUUUUGGUAAGUGAAGUUGGAAGCCUUAGAGGAGAACUUCAACGAGUAAGAGAUGAUCGCGAUUGCCAAGUGCAACAUGUGCAGGCUUUAGUUAUCGAGGUGGAAAAAUAUAAACAAUGCAAUGGAAAAACAAUCUCUGACUUGGACACUUUGAGAAGGAAGUCAACUGAGCUUGAGGCAACAUGUUCCUCCCUGAAUCAGCAAAUUAGGAUGCUGCAAAGUCAAGUAGUCAUCAGUGAGCAGAAACUGCAGGUUGCUGAUUUAUCUGCACUAGAGACUAGGACAGGAUAUGAGGAACUGAGAAGUAUUAAUAAUGACUUGCAAACUCGACUGGCAGAUGCAGAGUUGAAAAUACUCGAGGGGGAAAAGCUGCGAAAAAAGUUGCAUAACACUAUAUUGGAGCUAAAAGGAAACAUCCGUGUGUUCUGCCGAGUAAGACCUUCACUUCCUGAUGAUAGUACAGAAUCAAAGCUGAUUUCUUUUCCCAUAUCAACUGAAUCUCUUGGCCGAGGAAUAGAUGUGACACAGAAUGGACAAAAGCACAGUUUCUCAUUUGACAAAGUGUUUAUGCCCGAUACAUCACAACAAGAUGUUUUUGUUGAAAUCUCACAGCUGGUUCAGAGUGCUCUAGACGGUUACAAGGUCUGCAUCUUCGCUUAUGGACAAACUGGGUCAGGGAAAACACACACCAUGAUGGGAAGGCCUGGAAAUCCAGAUCUGAAGGGUCUCAUACCUCGUUCAUUAGAACAAAUUUUUAAGACACGAGAAUCACUUGAACCCCAAGGAUGGAAAUACGAACUGCAGGUUUCCAUGCUAGAGAUCUAUAAUGAGACUAUUCGUGAUCUGUUAUCCACAAACAGUGCUGCCGGAGGCAACAAACAGUAUAAUAUCAAGCAUGAUGCAAAUGGAAACACUCACGUUUCUGAUCUGACCAUUAGUGAUGUCCGAAGUAGCCGAGAGGUGUCUUUUCUUCUGGACCAGGCUGCACAAAGCAGGUCGGUUAGUAAGACACACAUGAAUGAACAAUCGUCUAGAAGCCAUUUUGUUUUCACAUUGCGCAUUUCAGGAGUUAACGAGAGUACUGAACAGCAUGUUCAAGGGGUUCUUAACCUGAUCGAUCUGGCUGGAAGUGAGCGACUCUCUAAGAGUGGAUCAACGGGUGACAGACUGAAAGAAACCCAAGCCAUUAACAAGAGUUUGUCAUCACUGAGUGACGUUAUAUUUGCUUUGGGAAAGAAAGAAGAACACGUGCCUUUUCGAAACUCCAAGCUUACUUACCUUCUUCAGCCUUGCUUAGGGGGAGACUCAAAGACAUUAAUGUUUGUGAAUAUCUCUCCCGAUCCAACCUCGACAAACGAGUCCCUAUGCUCGCUUCGAUUUGCAGCGAGAGUGAAUGCUUGUGAAAUAGGGAUUCCCAGACGCCAAACGAGCGUGAAAUCAUUGGAUCCGAGGCUGAGUUGUGGGUGAUACACAGAAAGGUUAAUUCAUUUUUCUGUAUAAGUGUGUUUGUGUUCUGUUUAACUGACCAAUUCAAUUGGAGAAAAGCAAGUCUAGUAAUAAUAUAGCUUCACCUGUAAUUGUAGAGUAAGUAGGGGAAUCAUAUUUGGUGUUAUAUGGUCUUGUUACCAGUUAGUGGCAGCAUGCUGGCUUGCUCUUUUAGUGUUAUUUUUUUUUUCAUUUCUAAACUCUACUUGAAAGUAAUAUUGUACUACUAUUGGGUUCUGUUGGAUUUUUUUAAUGAAUAUUUAAGAGUUCCAUAUUCUGGAGGAACUUUUUGGAAUGAUUUGUUUA